GAAAUAUAGGAAGACAACAGUCGUAUCAGCUGGACGACAGCUGCGCGGAGAGCUGACUCAACCUGAGGGAGACUGUGCCGCAGUGAGCAUUAUCUGAUAAGCGCUUCUGCUCCCUCCAGGACAUGGAGAAGGGAAAAGUGGAUAGUUAAAGCGACAAGCUGAGGUCUCACUUCUCGGAACUUAUUCAGAUUUUCACCCGGAACACCUGCUGGUUAUUUGCAUCGAGCUGUUGGAGGAGCCUCUGACAGCUGCGCACUUGCUCGUCCCGUGAUGUGUCUUUGGAGGGAUUAGUUAAACAUCCUGGCCUGUCCACUGUAAGCCACCGUCUGCGGAACGAAUCACAUUCAUAUAGUUUUCGCUGUAGCUUAUGCAAUGUGGAGGGAAGUGUUUGUGAGCUCAUAGGUUGAACCGGCAAUGACAUCAGGCUUAACUUGAAUAGCUCUGCGCUGUAUUGCAGCACCGGGGCGUGAGGUGGCAAUGCGCGCAUCCUCCGAGCUGGACAUCUUUGUGGGGGUGUCCUAAACAAAACCAAGGCAUAGGGCCACAUACAUCCUGAGCUGGCGAACUGCGUCACUGAGUGUUGCAGGUAGGCAGCAAACUCCUCCAUCAGAGGGGCAUCAUCCUCCCUGCACAAUGUUAAGCGCUUAACAAUCUACCGGGGAUGGAUUCGGCGGAUCAGUCGAGCAAAGAUCCGCCGCUGGGAUCCACAUUUUCCUCAGCACCCAAUUUAGACUCGGACAUUAAUGCAAACGCCCGCAGACCUGUUUAUCAGAAUGGGACGGACCACAAUGUCAACAUCCAGAUCGCAGCCCUGCGAGGAGCCAGUGACCCCAGCGCGUACCCGUCCACUGACUACCGCGCGCUGGUGCGCCAGAGGUUCAUCCGGCGGAGUUUGUGGGUGUCAGACUCCGAGGAGCAGCAGCCGGUGGACACGCAGGAGUGUGUCAACAGCAGCCAGGUGCCCCACAUUGACCUGCGGACCAUCGUUGAUCGGACCCGGGUUCUGCACGGAGCCCGCCUCGGCCUCCAGGAGAGUUCAAGCACGGAGAGCCAGGUGGCGCUGAAGGACACGGAGAGCCUGAGCAGGGACGAGGAGAAGGGAGACAGGAGCGAGCCAAAGGUAGAGGUCACGCCCUCGGAUGUCACAGGUAAAGCAGGGAGUGACGAGAACGAAGAGGAGCCCGGGAUGAAGGCUGUGUCCACCUCACCCGGGGGGCGCUUCCUCAAGUUUGAUAUUGAGCUGGGCAGAGGGUCCUUCAAGACCGUCUACAAAGGUCUGGACACCGACACCUGGGUCGAAGUGGCGUGGUGUGAACUUCAGGAACGGAAACUGUCCAAAGCGGAGAGACAGCGGUUCAAAGAGGAGGCAGAGAUGUUGAAGGCUCUCCAGCAUCCAAACAUUGUACGAUUUUAUGACUUCUGGGAAUCACCGGUGAAAGGGAAGAAGUGCAUCGUUCUGGUGACGGAGCUAAUGACCUCAGGGACACUAAAAACGUAUCUGAAGCGCUUUAAGGUGAUGAAGCCUAAAGUUCUUCGGAGUUGGUGCAGACAGAUUCUCAAAGGCCUCCACUUCCUCCACACAAGGACUCCUCCGAUCAUCCACAGAGAUCUAAAGUGUGACAACAUCUUCAUCACUGGUCCGACAGGCUCUGUCAAGAUAGGAGACCUGGGACUGGCUACACUGAAGAGGGCCUCCUUUGCUAAGAGUGUUAUCGGCACUCCGGAGUUCAUGGCCCCUGAAAUGUAUGAGGAGCACUAUGAUGAGGCUGUGGAUGUCUACGCCUUCGGGAUGUGUAUGCUGGAGAUGGCCACCUCAGAAUAUCCGUACUCGGAGUGUCAAAAUGCUGCUCAGAUCUACCGCAAAGUCACCAGCGGGGUGAAACCCGCCAGCUACAGCAAAGUCAGUGACCCAGAAAUUAAGGAAAUAAUCGGGGAAUGUAUCUGCCACAGAUGGGAGGAAAGGUACUCCAUCAAGGACCUCCUGAACCACGCCUUCUUUGCAGAGGACACAGGCGUCAGGGUAGAGCUCAAUGAAGACGACGAUGGGAAGAAAACAUCCAUCGCUCUGAAGCUGUGGGUUGAAGAUACCAAAAAGCUGAAGGGGAAAUACAAGGACGCUGGUGCCAUUGAGUUUUCCUUUGACUUGGUGAACGAGGUCCCGGAGGUUGUUGCCCAAGAAAUGGUUGAAUCAGGUUUUUUCCUGGACUGUGAUGUGAAGAUAGUUGGGAAGUCCAUCCGAGACCGCGUGGCUCUCAUCAAGUGGAGGAGGGAGCGAACUUUCUCUUCGGGAAAUGGCGAGGCAGCUGUGAAGAAGCCGCAGCAGAACCUACUCCAGGUGCCUGGUACCGCUGUACAACAGGCGCCCACAUUAUCUACGACAGACUACGAGGAGCAGGAGGUGGAGCAGCAGACCCUGAUCUGCACCGUGCCAGCAACUACGUCUGCCACAUCUGACAGCGGAGUGAGCUCUACCAUGCAAUUAGAUGAUCUAAACAAUCAGCAGAACGGCACCUACCAGUCGCUUCCGGAGCCCAUCUCCACUGCUCAGAUGGUCUACAGUCCUCCUGCGCAGGUUGACCCUCAGCUGCACCAGGGGCCCUACCAGCAACCCACAGCACAGGCCUCGCAUGAAAACUACACACAAACAUCUCCAUUACACCAGGGAGCCUACCAGCAAACUACAAGUCAUCUGCAUCCUGGGGCCUAUCAUCAGCCUGCCGCACAACUGCACCAGGGGCCUUAUCAGUCUCAAACAACAGUUUCUGCUCCGGCUACACCAGCCCCUAUUGUGCACCAGAGUAGACAGACAGCACAGAGCUUCCCAGCUGCAGCCUCGACUCUACAGCCACAGUUUACUGCCCAGCCCAGCCAGGAGCAGUGCCAUCUCCAACCAGCUGCUGUCAUGCCGCAGCUGAUAUCUGCUGACCAGCCUGCAGCUCACCUGAGUCCUCCUGACAUAUCCACCAGUUUCCCACAGUCAGUGUCCAGUGCUCCUCCCCCACUCCUGCCCCUGCAGAUCAGCACACAGUUUCCCUCACCACAUCCUCAAACAGGGGGCCUCAAGCCCUCUACCUUCCCCCCAGCUCCUCUGCCAUGUGCCUACAGCAGCAGUGGCUCCCACUUCUCACCUUUACCCCACCACGCCUCCCUUCCUCUCACCCCUCAUGCUGCCUUACCCUCUGUACCCACUCUCGGCACCCCUCAGACCCCUCUGUCCACACCUCAACACGUGCCCAGUGUGGCACUCCCCGUUCCCCUUCUUGCCAUGUCCCCUGCAGUGCCCCCGCAGCAGGGCGGCCCUCUCACAUCACAGAUGAACCUUGGUAGCUUCCAUACCACCCAUCCCUUACCUCUCUCCCAGGUACAACCCACCCCAUACCCCGCCCCCUACCCUGAGCAGGAACUGGCUCAGCCGCCUGUCCAGGCACAGAUGACUGCACCGCAGGGUAAUCUGGGAGAUUUUCCCCUUUUGGCUCCGGCCCAUCCUGUUGUCCCUGCUGUUCAGACUCCUCUCUGGGGAAGUGGAGUUGAUGCAGAAACCUCUGCAGCUGGCCAAGACUUAACUGGAGCUCCUAUAGUCCCAGCUCAAGCCUCCAUCUCAGCUCCAGCCCAAGUUGAAACUCAAGCCCCAGCACAAACCCCAGCUGUGCUCCCAGCACAAAACCAACCACCAAUCCCGGUAUCAGCUCAAGCUGCAGUCAUGCCUCAAACUCCAGCUUCGACCCAAGUUCCAACAGCAGUGCAACCCAUAGCCUCAGCCCCAGUUCAAGCACCGGUCUCUGCACCAGGUCUCGCUUUUGAAUCACCAAAAGGCUCAUCGACAAGCUCAGAUACAUCCUCUGCAACUGGUAAACCCAAACUCUCAGUCCCAAAUUUAGGUUCUGCCUCAGUAUCUGUCACGCUGCCAGCCCCAGCUCCUGUCGCAUCUCCGGCUCUGCAGCCUGCUGGCAUCCAGACAGCAGCCUCAGUGUCUGAGGGUGCCAGCCUGCCCACAACUCAGCAAAACCUCCAGUCAACAUCUGCAUCCAGCACCCUUCAACAAGAGCCCUGUGUGGAGGAUGUGCUUCAGGACAAACCUGUAGCUUUACCCAGUUAUACCUAUGACAGUAUCAACUCUGAUGUGGCGUCUGGUAAGGAGACAAGUGAUGGCUAUGACAGCUUGGCUAGUGGAGGGAAGGGGGACGGAAAACCCAGGAAACACCACCGCAAGUCUGCCCGCACACGCUCCCGACAAGAAAAGACCAGUAAACCCAAACUGAGCAUGCUGAAUGUUUGCAACACCGGAGAUAAAAUGGUCGAAUGCCAGCUGGAGACUCACAACCACAAAAUGGUGACAUUUAAAUUUGACCUGGACGGAGACGCUCCAGAGGAAAUUGCCACUUACAUGGUAGAGAAUGGGUUUAUCCUCCUGUUAGAGAAGGAGAUCUUCAUUGACCAGCUAAAGGACAUUGUGGACAAAGCUGAAGACAUGCUGAAUGAAGACAUGGAGGGGGAGAGGGCCUCCACGCUGAGCUGUAGUCCUGAACAAGGCCAGAUUUCUGAGGGGCUGGUGGGAGAGAGUCAGCAGCCUGGAGCUCCUCAGCCUGUCUAUCAGCAGAAUGUUCUUCACACAGGAAAGAGAUGGUUCAUAAUCUGCCCCGUAGAGGAGACGCCCACAUCCAGCCAGGAGACCCCGUCUGACGGUACAGCGACACAGUCUCCUGGGAGCUCAGCCACCACCCAGCCUGCUGACAGCGGCACCGCACGGCCGCCCACAUCCAGAGAGGAGGGGUCAUCCUCCACAAUGUCUGGCGGAAGUGGAGGCUUCACCUAUGAUGUGUAUGGAUUCUGUAGCCCUCCGAUAAUGUCCAACACAGACCCUCUCCUCUUGGCUACUCUGUCCCCGCCUGUGUCUGCUCCUCCGACCCUUCAGUCAGUGGCAUCGGUGGAGCCUGCGGGCAGCACGGUGCAGCCCAGUGUGCAUCAGGCACAGCCAGCCAGAGCUCAAACUUUGCCCCCAUCAUCCCCACAUACGUCUUUCCCAGUGGAUGAGUCACGGGGAUCCCCUUUAGGAUCCAUCUCCCCAAUCGAUGUGGCUCAGCAGAUGUCCGAUAUGACAUGCCCCGUGUCCAUGGCUGAGGAGGUGCCCUGCUGCCCUCUGGUCAUGCCUCUGUCUCUGGAUGUGAGCGGUUUACAGAGCGGCCCUCCUCUCACUCCUCUUCCACUCCAGGAGCCAGGCUCAGCCAAAGAGCCGCUGUCCGUCUCCUACACUUCAACAGCACGCAGCGAGCACCCACAGCAGCCUGUGGUGCUGCACCAGCCUUUUUCCAGUGUGGGAGGGACAAAAGUGUCAUCACUACCCCAGAGCCCGGCGCCGUCACAGCACGGCGCGGGGCCCGGUGAGUCAGACAGUGAAGGACGGCUGGGCCGGGGGGGCUUUGUGGACAGCACCAUAAAAACACUGGAUGAGAAACUGAGGAACUUGCUCUACCAGGAGUAUGCUCCCAUGUAUCCAUCAGGCAGCGCUGCAGAGACGCCAGGCUCCGGCACAGAGUACAUCCAGUCUCCUCCUGGUCCAGACAGCGCCACAGGGGGGUCAGGAAACAGCACGCCAGGGCCAAUGGGGGAGGGACGUUACAGGGCUGGAGAACAGCUGCCUCAAAUCCCAGAGAGAAUGGACAGUUUGAGCACACUGAGUGACUCAGCUGUUUGUGCUUCCCUGUCAAGAAGACACGUUCCUAACUCUGCUUCCUGCUCUGGAACAAGAGGCAGAUUUAAGAUAAUCUCUGUUCCUCCUGAAGUGGCCAACAGACGAGAUGUGAAGCAGAGGAGCUGGAGCAGCGCUGCCUCACCGGCACAUCCCACAGGAUACACAGAGGACCACGUCCAUGCUGAGACUAUGACCGCCUCCACCACAAUUGGUCGUUUCUCUGUAGUUAGCACGGAAGACGAAAUUACACAGAGGACACGUUGCAGCCGCUACUCCGCCCCGCCUGAUUUCUACCUGGACACACCUCCGUCCAUGGCCAAGCGGGGCUCCCUGCCUCGUGCCAUGACCUCGAACUCUGUCGCUGUGGACGUCACGGUUCAUGCUCGUUUUCUUUCCUCGGACUCAGGGGCUGAGAGCAGCCCUGCCAAGCUGACUCCUGCCACCCCGUCUCAACAUACUCGCUCUGAGCGCAGAGGAAGUGACCUCAUGAAGAGGGCAGUGGCCUUCCUCCGUCGAUCAGGGCGCAGCAGCAGCGUGCAGAGCUCUGACUCACCAAGUAGGCACGGAGGGGUGCACGGCUCAGCGUAUGCCAGCAGCGAUAAUGACUCGGAGAUGGAGGACUCGGACAUGAAGAGGGAACUACAAAGACUCAGGGAGAAACAUCUGAGGGAGAUCUCUGAGCUGCAGGCCCAUCAGCGGGGGGAGGUGGAGCUGCUAUAUCGCCGGCUUGGCAAAGCCCCUCCUUCUGGCCUGGGUCUCUCACACGUUGCACCACAUGCCGGCAGAAGGAAGAGGUCCAGCAAGCACAGACUGAAGCCUGGCAAACUUCUCAGCCCUCUGGUCCAACAGUUUAGAAAUGUCACAACAAAAACCAGUGACUCCAGCAAAUCCAGUGCUGCUGCAGGUACAGGUGAGCCCACAGUGAGUUUAAAUGGCUCUCCAGCAAAAGGGUCUUUCCCUACUCACAGCAGGGCGCGCUCAUGCACCAGCCACCUUCCCAGCUCAACCGCAGAGCCUGUGCAGACUCAGCAGCCGUGUUCCCUAAAGGGCUCUUUGUCCUCUGAUAAUAUUUAUGCUGGACUACACGGAGACGGCACCGGCACACGAGCUCCACCCGGACAAGGCUGGUCUAAUUACCCUCAAACAUCUGAGAGAGUGACCUAUAAAUCGAGUAGCAAGCCACGAGCUAGAUUUCUCAGUGGGCCUGUGUCUUUGUCUAUCUGGUCAACACUGAAGCGCCUGUGUCUGGGUAAAGGGAGUGGCAGCAGGUCUGGAGCCGGGCCAGGGGCUUUCAAUCAAUCACAGCAGCCACCUCCUGGUGCCACACCUCCUCCUCAUCAGCCAGUGAUGGGACUGGCCCAAGCUCAGGCCAACAACAGCAACAACAAGACAGGCACAUACAACAGCUCAUCCAUGAGUGCCAAUGAAAACAACUUGCCUGAAGACCUGCAGCGUCUGAUGGAGGACUGGGCCCAGGAGGUUCUUAUCGUCACCCACAGGCCGCGCACUAACUCUCUGAGCAUCAGUGGGCAGCACCUUUGGAAUCAGGUUGUGCCUCAAACAGGUGGACAGCCAGCGAGUGCUUCAGAUGUAUCAUGGACAGCUCCAGGUCCAGAGGCCUGCCAUCCUCCCCUGUCCUGGCCUGAUAGCCCUGGGUCAACAGUGAUGACCAGCCCCUCCACAAGGCCCCAUUCCAGUAAUCAGCUCCACUCUCCUGCUCCAUUCAGGGCCUUGUCCUCUCCUCUUUCUGUAAGCCAGUGGCCUGGGCUGCUCUUCCCCCUUCCUUCAGGAGUCUUUGCCUUUCCUGCUGUGCCCUCAGCCCAGGAUGCCCCCUGCCCCAUUCCAGCUCCAUCAUAUCAGCCGUCCGACCCCAAAGCCAGGACUCUCUAACCUGAGUAGCAUUGUGUCUUCCAACUCCGUAACCAAAAAGAAAUCUCAUUAUAGUUCUAGUCAAUCUUAUGUGCAUAUACUGUAUAUAUUUAACCAGCAUGUAUUUAAUCAUGUGUACAUACUCGUCUCCAGUCUUGAGUUUCAUGUUAUUUGUUUAAUUUGCAUCAACAUACCUCAUGUCCAUAUUAUGGUACAUAAUCCUUGAGUGCAGUGUAAUGGUAGUAGUACAUUUAAAGAUGUAUAGUCAGUCCUAUCAGGCUUAAAAGAGCAGAUUUUUGUCAUCGCUUCUAAAAGUACCUUACCAGUCAUUGAAUGUACAUAAUGUACUGUUCAUUCAUGGUACGUUUAUAUAAAUAGUUUAUGUUGCUCAUAUCACCUCUAUAUAUAAGCUGCCGUGUGUAUAUAUGAAUUCUUGUUGGUCUGUACAUAGCUCCCGUCUUUGUACAGUUAACAUUAGAUAAUCCAUUGGUCGGUGCUGCAGAUAUGUGUCUUAUUGCAACACCUUAUUAGCCACCAUCAUGUCGUCACUGUGAAGACUUGACAUCCUGGUCACUAGGACCGGUUGCUUUACUCUGCUCUCUCAGUCCAAGGAUAGGUUUCAUUCAUCAUCGAUGAAAUGCUUCCAGCACAAGCGCUUGAAAUAUCCUUAAGAGAUUUGAAUGAACUUGAAUUUUAUCUUCAGGUGGAAAAACACCUGUGAGAGUGCCUUGAAUUGCAGUUUCAGUUUUAUGAAGAAAAGCAUUUAGAUUCAAAGGAGACACUAGAUAUUCUAUAUAUGCUUUCACCUUCAAAGGUAAAUUAUGAGAUUUGAAUAAUGAAUGUGGAUCGACACAUAUUUAAUUUAGCAACGAAAAUACAAUUAAACACUAUAAUCGGGUCAUGUUGCAGUUCAUAAAAUAUCACAGAUUGUAAGACAAAAUCUUGGACACUGAAGUCAUUUUCUUAUGGGAUUGCACCUGCACCACCGCCUGCAUGAAUACACUGAUAUUCUGAAUGUGCACAGGUUGAUGUGGUGAGAUACGGGAGGACGUUAUUCAGAGAAACUGGCAUUGAAAUCCUGCGACAAGGAGGGCUGACGGACUCAACAAUCGAGUCAACAUCAUAAUCAUACCAUACCUCUACUAAUGCAGUCUGUAGCUUUACAUAUUGUUGCCUUUGUGGUUUUUAAGAGAUUACUGUGUGGUUGGUUUGUUGUUUGAUACACGUUGAUGAUAUGAUGAUGUUAGAGGCACAUGAAGAAUGUGAAUUAUUGAGAAGCCACAACUGUUUGACAUGUUAUUUGUACAAAGCGUAGGUUUUCUAAAUUACGUUAAUUCAGUGCCGAUCAUUGAGAUCAUCUGGCUCAUAUUGCUAACUGUGUGUAUUAUGGCUGACUUAAAUCAAAGAUCUCCAACAAAUAUUACGCUAUCAUGCUAUUAGUUGUUUCGAUAUUGCAGCCGCAAAAACAACACUUUCAGUACUCACAUCUCUUGUGAAAUCUUUAUUAGCAAAUUUCCCGCUGAUGAAUAGUUUGUUGAAUACAUCAAAGUUUUGACGUAUUCUGGUUAAACAAAGCAGCUGCAAAAAUCUUUGUAGUCAAGGAGUAAGUUGGGUGUAAAACCUCUUCCUAACAAACAGCGAGCGAACUCUGUCGGAUGGAGUCUAAAAGAAUUGUUCAGAUAUUCUACAAGUGAUAAUUUUCAGGGAGCUUAUCGAGUCCUGAUCGAACAACUUGACUUUACUCUGAAAAUAGUUUGGAGGUGCACAAAGCUUCACAAAAAUAGAGCCAGGACGCGCAGUUCUUACUUGUUCGCAUCGCGUCCAGUUAGGAAGAGGUGUUCAGACAGGGUACAGGUCAAGCUCCAGAAAUGCUGACACCUACAUUUCCAACAAUGCAACUCAGUUGCAUUUUCAACAUCAUCAGGAUUAUUUAUCAAAUUUUGGAAAGCUCUUUCCAGAGCCACAGAGUACAGGAUGUACUCCUUGUGAUGAGUAAACUGAACUUUAUGUAUAGAUUUAGAAGAGUGCUGCUUUAAAAAAAACUUCCAUGUUUGCACAGUGUGUUAAUAA